AUGGUAUUAUCUAGUAUAAUAUCCGACUAUAUAGUGGAUUUCCUCUUCCAAGCUGGGUCUUUGACAGCUGUGAGGUUGGAUUAUUAGAUCUAAAGAACAUGAGCCAAGAGAAAACCGGUCUCUGCUCGCUUGGGAUCGCCCUCAGAAAUCCAAUUUUUUUUGACAAAUUCCCCGCGUCUUAACGUGUUUAAUCGCUUAAUUCACUCAAAUUCGCUGAGGCGCAACACGGAAUCAAAUUACAUCCAAUUAGUUUUAGCGAUGACUCAAAGGUCUUGAACCUUUUCCUGGAGCCCCACUUCCAUUCCCUGAGGCUCUUACGUCAUCCUGUUGCGCAAGCUGACGGGCGAGGAAAGCCUUGGUGGGUGGAGAACUGGGACAGUCUGAAGAUGUUCCCCUUUCUGCCGUUCUUGUCCAUUCCUGAUGCCAAAGGUCGAAGGCGGAGGAGGAACCGAUUUCGGCACAACUCUUUGGCCACAGUCUGGUUGAAUACGGGCUCUGAUGUUAGAGUUGAGUAUCUCCUUCAGGUUCAUCCCGCAAGUGCAUCGGUUACGGCAGCUUCGAGUACAUUAGAUGUCCAUGAAAUCGAAAGACCAGACUCGGCGCCUCUUGAACACGAGGUUGUCAAUGAACAACCACCUCCAAAGAAGAUGUCUUUACAGACAUCUCGGCCUCCGACUCCUAAUUCCAGGGCCUCUCCAAGAUCGGCCUCAGCCAGCAAUUCUCGACCUAGUUCACGGUAAGUUCACUUAAAUUUUAUUUAUAUUUUUGAAUUUAGACCCAGUUCAACUCAACCUCCACCUCAACCAAGAGUUCGCCCGAACAGAAAUCGUAUGUUUGAGACAUCCUCGGCAAUGAGAGAGCUCUUCGGAGGCGCUUCAACAUCUCCUCGACCAACGAGAAAAGCCGAUACUUCACCCCGACCGGUCCAACAAGAAUCUACUCAACCUUCCAGAUCAUCUACCAAAGACUUCAGUAGAUCAAAUGAUAGUGUGAAUGAUGAACAAUCUCUGCGAAGCGCUGUCACCAGUGAUUCGGGUAUAGCCUCUUGCUUUCAACGUAUUCCUAGUCCGCCUCCAACUGCCUCAGGGCCUUCAGAAGUGGCUCGGACCAACAUCCUUCAGACUGAGGGAGUCCAGCCAGGCCAAUGGGAAGACAUCCCAAGUACCUCUCAAAGUACGACGAUCUCUUUUCACAACGUUCCCAAUCAUGACAUAGCAUACGAAAAUGCUAGACGAAGGGCGAUUGGAAGGCCCCCACCUUCUUCAUCUUUCAAUAUUAUUACCCAUCAGCCGGUUGGAUCUAGUCGAAUAUCCCAGCCUGGUCCGGAAAUUCCAAAAGAGCCAGGCAGAGUGCUGGGAUCAAGUCCAAUAUCAAAUAGUCCACGGAGGAGGUAAGCACAUAAUUUUUACUAUCACCUGCAAUUGCAUAAUAUUUACUUUUGGGACCGUAAGCAUCCAUUUCCAAUUGUUCUCUUACUUUGGUGUUGCUAAUUUAUAACGUUAUUUCACCUUAAUGGGAGUUUUAUUUCCAUUUUAUCACCCGAACGGUCGUAAACUCCUUUUCCCCGGCGAUUAAUCGCCGAGCCCCGUAAAUGUCCCCUCCCUUUGACCUCCACUUUCACUUUCUUUUUCAGGAAUGACCAAAUCGAGGUGGGGGCACCGGGCCCGGAAAUGGCCACGGAUACGGAGGAAAGUGCGUCACCCGAGACUGAGUCCGUCGCAGAAGAGACCUUGAACCUCAUGAACACACGAACAGCUGACGACGAACGAGAGUGCCCAGGGAAAGGAGAUGGUGCAGAGAGAGAAGCCUCGACCAGUCGAAGAGAGAGUGCGGCCAGAGAUUAUUCGAAUCGAAAAGAGAGCGUGGACAGAGGGGAGUGUUCGAGACGAGAGAGUAUGGAACGAAGGGAGGGUGCGAGAAGAGAGAACGGAGACAAUGGAGAGGGUGCAGACAGACGUAGGGUCGAGAACGGAGAACGCGCACUCCCGACCGGCACCGGAGACUCGGCCCCGCCCCCGAUUCAGCCGUCAUCGCGCUUCGACCAGCAGGCCCACAAACCACUGGGAGGCGGGUUCGGAGCGGCCGGAGGUCUUCUGGUGAACGACGAGAAUCGCGCACCCCCAACCUCGGCGCAGAUUCUGCAUCAGUUGCGGCGCUUCCUUCUGUCCACAUCCGAAGACGGCAGUGGGAUGGCGGCUUCGGCUUCAUCGGGCUCGGGUGGCGCUGGCGCCAAUCCCUUGGUCAUAAAGGGCGGCCAAAUCGUCAACGAUGAUUCCAUUUUUGCGGCUGACAUCUAUAUUGAGGAUGGCGUAAUCAAGUAAGUUGGCUGGGGACUUGGGGCGUUUUUUGAGGGGAAAGAACUUUAAUUUAAUUUUUUGGAACGAAGUCUGUAUUGAUACUGUAUUUUGAGUAAAGACAAUAUUUUGAUACUGUGUUUUGACUAGAAACAGAAUAUUCAUGUUAAUUCCUUUGCAUAUUAAUUUAUUUCCAGGCAAAUCCUCCCAAAUCUGGAAGUCCCUGAGCAAGCAGAGAUAAUAGAAGCCUCAGGCAAAUGGAUCCUCCCCGCAGGCAUUGAUGUCCACACUGAAUUCUCUGCCGGAAUUGCGCCAGAUGAAUUUUUAGUCAACUCGAAAGCGGCUUUAAUUGGUGGAACCACCACUGUAAUUGAUGUUGUUUUACCAGGAAUUAAUGAGAGAUUAUCUGAGGCUGUAGAAAGAGUGAAAAGAUUGGCUGAUCAGAAGGCUCUGGUAAACGUUGGACUGAGUUUAUCCUUACAAAAAUGGAAUGAUGACAUCAAAAAAGAGGUGGAUCAAUUGGUCAGGGAGAAGAAAAUUAACAGUUUCAUCUUGGAAAUGCAAAGUGAUUCGGAGGUUUUUGAGGCCCUAGGCCAUCUGAAAUCGAUUGGAGCUUUGGCCAGGAUAUAUCCAGAGAAUAAGGAUAUCAUUGGAUUGUUGGAGAGACAAAACUCGAAUCAGAAUCCGGCCGAGAAUUACGUGAAUUCGAGACCUGUUCAGGCAAGUCAUCAUAAAGAUAAACUUAUGUAUUUUUUUUCAAUUUCAGCUCGAAGCCGAGCGAAUUCACAAGCUCUGCGUCCUCAGUCAACUCACAAAUUCUCCGAUUUCGAUUCUUUCUACCAGCUCUUCAGAUGCUUGUAAAUCAGUAGUAAGUGGGAAAAGAGAUGGAGCUUCGGUGUUUGCGGAGAUCCCCGUCUCGACAUUGGCUGCUGAUUUGAACAUCCCCAUUCCUAGCCAAGGCCGGAUUCCCAUCCGAAAAGGCGAAGAGCAUGCUAGGGAGGCCUUGGAGUUGUUGGCCAAGUAAGUUUUUAAAUUUUGUCACAUUACGGGUUACAUUUUCAGCAAGCUUUUGAUUGGAGAGACAUUUUAAGAAAGUUACUCAUAUCUAAAGCCUGUAUUGUCCGAUUUCUGAUUUCAUCCCUAAUAAUUGGCAUAAUUUUUAGCGGACAACUCGCCGUUUGUGUCUCCGGUCACCGAACUCCCCGUCAAUCCGGCAAUCGACCACCUUAUGGAGUGAUCUCAGUCGGAGAACGACUUCCAGCUUUAUGGGAGAGAGGUGUUGCCUCAGGAAAACUAGAUCUCAUGAGAUUUGUCGCCGUCACCAGUUCUAAUGCAGCCAAAGUUUUCAACUUGUAUCCACGGAAAGGUCGAAUUGCCGUAGGCGCUGAUGCUGACAUAGCCAUCUGGAAUGCGCAGACCACCAAAAGUCUUGGCUGUCGAGAAUCUACAUCCACUGAUAAGAGUCCUUUUGAUGGAUUUACAGUUCAUUCGACCCCUGAAGUCACCGUUUGUAAUGGCCAGGUUUUGUAUAAAAAUGGAAGAAUCGAAGCCGAAAGACCAUCCUCUCCAAGGUUUAUUCCCCUUCCUUCAGAUUCUCCAUACAUCUUCAGCGUUGUGAAACUGAGAGAAAAGGCAAGUUUUGGUUCUGAUUACUGUAAUUUUCAAUUUUAGACAUUCUCCUUGGCAUCUCCGGAGGAGAAAAAAGAGAUUAAGAAUGGACAAGGACCUUCGAUGUUUGAAAAUCAUCUCUCAAAUCAAAGUGAGGAUUUUUUUUGAUCUUAAAAUUAGCAUAGUACGUAAAAGAUAGUGUUACAACAAAAAAUCCAUUUUCUUUAUGACGCAUUUUUCAUUCGCAUUACAUACGAUGACAACUUUAUUUCAUAUUCGAGGCAAAAAACAUAGAAAACAGACGGAAAUUUUUUCGUGGCGCCAUUAACCUCGUGUUCCGAGUGCAGAUGACCUCAGAACCAAGUAUAAAUAAAAUGAAACUUUCAUAAUCAGGUGUAAUAUCGCUGUUUUCAGUCCCGGAAAAGAAACGCUCCACAACCAAAGUGAUCCAACCCCCUGGAGGAAGAUCAAGCAUCUUCUAG